AUGGGUUCAUACACAGGUCGACUUGCAGGCAAAACAGCCAUAGUGACCGGUGCCGCAAGCGGAAUCGGCCUGGCUGUAACCCAGCUGUUCUUAGCCGAAGGGGCUAAGGUCCUUGGGGUUGACAUCUCAGAGAAAAGCAUUGAGUCGGCAUCUUCGCUGCUGCAGUCUCAAGGACUCGACUCAAGUGUCUACGCUUUCCAUAAAGCUGAUGUGGCGGACGAGGACUCGGUUAUUGCCUUCGUGGACAAGUGCACGAACGACUUUGGAGGACUUGAUAUCGCCGUACUUAAUGCUGGCGUUGGGAUCAUACUACCCAUUUCCAAGACAAGUUCAGAGGAAUACGAUCGCCACAUGCGAGUCAAUGCCCGUGGACCAUUUCUAGGCGUUAAAUAUGCAGCCGCCAAAAUCCAGAGCCUGGGCAAGGGAGGAAGCAUCAUCAUAACCGCAAGCCUCGCAUGUGAAGCAGCGUAUCCCGAGAUGAGCGCCUAUAGCAUGUCGAAGUUUGCGGUUCGCGCGCUUUCGGUGACGGCUGCCCAGGAAUAUGCAAAAGACAAAAUUCGAGUCAACACGGUUUCUCCUGGCUAUGUGGCCACCCCUCUGGUCCAUUCGUUUUCAAAUCUUGAAGAACGCCUCAAGGCUAGUCCAGCAGGAAGAGCAGCAGAACCAGCUGAGGUCGCCAAGUUGUAUCUCUUCUUAGCUAGCGAUGACGCAACGAUGGUGUCAGGAAGCAACUACCGUAUGGACGGAGGAAUGCUGUUACAUUAG